UGCAGCUGUGAAUGAGAAUUACAUAUGAGUUCCAAUUCACAUAAAGUGAAUGGUAAUAGGCUUGUAGGAGGAGGUGUCAUUAAUACAUUGCUUUGCACAGAGGAUUCUUUUUGUUUUCAGUAUAAGGGCGAAGGCUGUCGUACUGUCCCGCUUUCCGGACAUGUAGGAUUUGAUAGUUUGCCUGACCAGCUGGUUAAUAAGUCAGUUAAUCAUGGGUUUUGUUUCAACAUCCUGUGUGUGGGGGAAACUGGCCUUGGUAAGUCCACCCUCAUGGACACCCUUUUCAACACCAAGUUUGAAGGUGAUCCAGCAUCUCACUCACAGCCUGGGGUCCAGCUGAAAUCCAGUACCUAUGACCUGCAGGAGAGCAAUGUCAACCUCAAGCUGACUAUUGUGAGCACAGUGGGCUUUGGGGAUCAGAUCAACAAAGAGGACAGCUAUAAGCCCAUCGUUGAGUUCAUUGAUGCUCAGUUUGAAGCCUACCUGCAAGAAGAACUGAAGAUAAAAAGGGUCUUGCACAACUACCAUGAUACCCGGAUCCACGCUUGCCUGUACUUCAUUGCUCCGACAGGCCAUUCCCUGAAAUCUCUGGACUUGGUAACAAUGAAGAAGCUCGACAGCAAGGUGAACAUCAUUCCCAUCAUUGCCAAAUCUGAUGCCAUUUCCAAGAGUGAGCUGACCAAGUUUAAAAUUAAAAUCACAAGUGAACUGGUCAGUAAUGGGGUGCAGAUCUAUCAGUUUCCAACAGAUGAUGAAUCAGUGGCAGAAAUAAAUGGGACAAUGAAUGCCCACUUGCCAUUUGCAGUGAUCGGGAGUACGGAGGAGCUGAAAAUAGGAAACAAAAUGAUGAAAGCUCGUCAGUACCCUUGGGGCACAGUGCAGGUGGAGAAUGAAGCUCACUGUGACUUCAUGAAGCUGCGGGAGAUGCUGAUCCGUGUGAACAUGGAAGACCUUCGUGAGCAGACCCACACACGCCACUAUGAGCUCUACAGGCGAUGUAAACUGGAAGAGAUGGGUUUCAAAGACACUGAUCCAGACAGCAAACCCUUCAGCUUACAAGAAACUUACGAAGCCAAAAGAAAUGAGUUUUUGGGAGAACUGCAGAAAAAGGAAGAGGCAAUGAGGCAGAUGUUUGUCCAGAGGGUCAAGGAAAAAGAAGCAGAGCUGAAGGAGGCUGAAAAAGAGCUGCAUGAAAAGUUUGAUCGCCUGAAGAAAUUGCAUCAGGAUGAAAAAAAGAAGCUAGAGGAUAAGAAGAAGUCUCUGGAUGAUGAAGUAAAUGCAUUUAAACAAAGGAAGACAGCAGCUGAAUUGCUUCAGUCACAGGCUCAGCAGGCUGGAGGAUCGCAAACUCUUAAAAGGGAUAAGGAAAGGAAAAAUUAGCUGCUGUUUGGCUGCAUGGUGCAUGAGGCACAUUGUCCUGUUCGGGUUUCCUGUAGAACCUUUCCCUUGGCACCAGAGGCGAAUGCCCCACUCUUGGCUGUGCCAUUGUGCCUGUUUGCUCACCUUUCCCAUUGCUCCCCUCCCGCGCUCACCACUGAGGGUUUAACCAGAGCUCUUGUCUGCUGGGGUUGUUCUUGUGGGGAACCCUGCUGGCCAGAGGUGCUCAUACCAGGUUCCUCCUGCCCCUUGGGCAGCAGCAGGAUGCCCAGUGCUCCAGGGCAAGUGUCCCCUCUCCCAUUGCUCAGCUUUUCCCCCACUCCAUGCUAUGUGAGAGCUGCCUGGGGGGUGCAUUUAGCUCCUGCUGUGGGUUCAGCCCAGUGCUGCCAUGGGGGGUGGGGAUGUACUGCCUCCAGAGACUGGCUGCCCUCUCCCCAUGCUAAUUUUAUGCUCCUAAGCCCUCAUACCCCCUGUGCUGCCAUGUGUGACUCAAAUAACUUUCAAGGACUUUUUGCAAAACUUGACAUCCUCACAGGCUUGGGCCUGAGUCCACACCUCUAGUUCCCAGGCUUGAGGAAAUCACCAAUUUGGAUCCAUGGUUUGCAACUAAGUGUUCUCUGAAUGCUGCAGGGGUCAUGAAGGAUCUCUUGCCUUGUCUCCCUCUCAGUAUGCUGGCCUGGAUGCACAUCCUGGAUCCAAUCUCAGGGAAAACUGGUCACCUUGCUGUACAUACCAGUGUUUCUGAAGAAAGAUGAUGCUGUUUCUUUGACUUCCUUCUCAGUGAUUCCAACAAUUUCUGGUUUUAAUGCAAAAAAAUACUACCUUUAUUUUUUUAAUCUGGCAUCUCUUUAGAACUGUACAGAUGUUGACAGGUUUCUUCUCAUAUUUUCUAUUCAGCAAAAGCCUUGUUUUUACUGUAAGAUUUGCACUGAAAAGGAGGGCGUUUUGCUCACUGGGCCAGGAGUUCACUCUGGCCAAGUGCAGCUGUGGUUUGCCUGCUAGUAUCUUUUCUGUGUAUUUCUGACUUGAGUUUUGUUUUUAAAUAAAGAGUUCAUCGGACAGUGAA